AGCCGAUCCUUAGUCUCCACGACUAGAAAAACUUGAAGCCAAAAAAAGAGUAAAUUAUUAUGAACGGCGACGAUACACAAAGUUGAAGAUGGCGUCGCCGCCGUCUGUAUGGUAUACGAAUAAUGCGAUUGGAACGGAAUGGAGCGCGCUGAGAUGAGAUGGGAUGAGAUGGCUGCGGCGAGGGGAGCUAGAAAUACAAGCAAAAGCGUGCAAAGAGAAGAUACAGAGGAUGCAGAAAAGAAAGAGAAAAGGGAGAAAGGAAAAAUCGAUAAGUCACUGGACAAAACAUACACAGACUGACAAAUGCGGGGCACAUACAAGUUACACUGGUGUCGGUGUCGGUGUCGUCGAAACCAACACCUGUUUUUUACAACAAGCCAGACCAGGACCCAGCCCGGAUUGUGGCCAUGGCAAAACGGGCGGAGCGGAGCAGAGCCUACGCGCAAAACGCAGCAGCAGGCUCGAACCCGACACUCCGACUCCUCGCCGCCAUCUUCAUCGCCUUCGUUGUCGCCCUCGCUGUCGUCUUCACCUGGCCCGUCUGCGACGCAAGCGGACCAUCAUCCAGCGUCGCCCUCGACCCUCCGGAAUCCGUCGCAUGCGCCACCGUCGUAGAGGGAGGAGAGAGUGCACCCUUCAGCCCCUGCCCCUGCCCCUGCCCUUGUCCUUGCGCGUUGCGAUUGCAGCCGUGGCGACCAGCGCCAGAGGACGCAGGGACACUCGGCUCCCUCAAGAAUGUCGCGCUCCCGUUCCUCGACGACCACGACCACUGCGCGACACCGCCGUUCUUCAAGUUCUUGCUCUUCAGCGGGUGCCGCAUCAUAUUACUGCCAGCGCCAGGAUGCGCAGGCCACACCGACGGCGCGGGCGGUGUACUCUCCGCGCGUCGCGCCGCAGCGGAAACGGGGAUAGGCGUCGACGUCGAAGUCGACGGAACCGCAGCAUCCAGCACUUCCCUAUCCACAACCACCACCGGCGUCCCAGAAGCGUGCGUAUCGUCAUUCGCGCGCCCCCCGAACCCAAAGUACCCGACCCGCGCAGCCGGCGUCGUCCGCGUCCGCCCCCUCGACACGUCCCGCCCCACUUCCACCAUCGCACCCCCACCGCCCUCGGCCUCGCUCUCGACGUCGCUCGUCAUUGUCCAAACACGACGAUCAAUAAACACACCCGCACUCCUAAACGGCGACAGCGGCGACAUCCCGCCGCCGCCGCCGCCGCCGCCGCCCAUCUCCUCCUCCGCACCAGGCGACACCCCGAUCGACCUUGGCACACCGAGGCCGAGCGGCGACAACGGCGUCCCGAGGCCCGGCUCGGGCGACGCGCUGCGGCUCGCGCCACUGGCAGCUUUUUUCGUCGUCGCCGCCGCCGCCGUCGUCUUCUUCGGCUUCCGCCCGCGCCCGCGCUCGACAGACAGCGCAGACGCCGAGAGCGCCGACGGCGCAGGCGACGUGACGACGCCGACGCCCGCAUCGCGGUCGGGCGAGGCGUACGCGGACGCAAAGGACGUGUCCGCGCCGCCUCCGUUUAUCCCGCCACCGAACCCGAGCCUGGAAUUGGCGGUGUGCCCGGCGGUGCGCGAGCGCGAGCGCGGGGCAAGAAGAGGAUGGUGAUAGGACGUGGGCGGGGGACGCGAGGCGCUCCGGGAUGUGCUCGUGCUGCGCGUGGAGAGCGAGCCCGAUGUUGAGGUGGCGUCCGAGGCGGAGAUGCGCGAGCGGCUGCGCGCGCGAUGCGCGUCUGGAGAGUCUUGCGGUAGAUAUGGAUGAGGAUGCGCAUGCGCUGCAUGUGCACGGUGGCUGUGAUUCUGAGAGUGAUUCCUCGACUGAACUUGCGAAGACGGAUGCGACGUUUGAUGAUGAUGAUGGUGUGAUACAUGAUGAAGAAGAUGACGUGACUGCUGCACACGAGACCUUGACCUCGACUGGCUCUGGCUCCUCAUCGCAUACUCCAUCUCCUCCUCCUCCUCCUGCUCACCACACGGCGACCCAUCGUCCACCUCUCCCCAGCCCACACCCCACGCCAUCUCAUCCACCAUCGCGA